AUGUCAAAAGAAAAAGAAGCGAAUAAACUUGCAGCAGAGACAAUUCUUCGAAUUGUGUUUGUACUAUUGAUGACAAGCAUAAUCAUCUUUUUGGCAAUUCCGAACAUUAAAAAAAUAGUGCAACAUCAAGAUCCAUUAGUCGUAAUAAAUAUUGAUAACCAGACCACUGAAGGAAUUCCAGUGCCAAAUGCGUUUGUAUGUGGAACGCUCCUUGGCCCUGUCGAUUACGUCGACUACAUCACCGUAGAGAAAAUUCCAUUAGGUAAAAAAGCGAUAAUGGUUGAAGAGUAUUUAUGGCAAACAGAUGAGACGAUACUUAAAGCUGGUGGUGAUGUAACGGAAGGUAGCGAAGGAGCCCAAUGUUUUAUUUUUCAACCUGAUGGAGCGCUUAAGUUUAAGUUGACAAACGAUAAUGAUUCCAUUGAUUAUAUUUCAAUUAACGUGUGGUCUAAAACAGCAAAUGUUACUGAUACCGCAGCAAAUAUUGGGGUAAUAUUUGGGUUUUGGAAUGCUGAACGCGAUAUUAGUGUUAUAAAACCAUUCAUCGCCCGUACUGCAACAAUCAAUCAUUUUACGUUUACAUCGAUAUUUCGAAAUGGAAUAAAUAACGAUAUGCAUCAGGAUUUCACAAUUAAUAUGCAAAAUACGCUUCAAAUUGGAAGUUUUUACGUUAAUCGUUCACUUCAUGGUGAUGAUUCGAUAGUCGCAAAAAUUAAUUAUUCUCCGGAUUCGUAUAUGGUGACUAAGUAUACAGAAAGACAGCCAUACGGAUGGCUGGAUUUGGUUGGUACUAUCGGAGGUAUUCUUACAUACGCAAUCGGAGUUUGGAUAUUUUUAUUCGGACGAGGAAAAUAUAGACCUUGGGGAUUUAUUCAAUGUUUUCUGUUAAGAAACUCUCCAAACGCAAAAAAGCCACCAUUAAUAGAAAAAGAAGAAUUCAAUGAA